GAGCCGUUGGACUCGCUCUAUCUGCAGCGAGUCUCCGGUAUGGACACAAGCUUCACGGCAGAACUUUUCACAGGAGAUUUUAUCGCUGUUGUUUUCCAUCUGACACGGCUCGUAUCACUCGGAGAUGGAUUUCUGAACGGAAUAAGCCGAAGCUGAGCCCGACUCUAGUUAAAUCUCCCAUUUGAAAUCGUUUUUUGUGUGUUGUUUGAGUUGUUAAAGGAAGAGGGGAAAAUGCCAGUUGCAACUCUUCUGCCUUUUACCGCGACCCCGAAUAGGAAGUCUGCCAGCCCGACUUCUUUCAGGUUGACAGAGAAAUUUAUUUUGUUAUUAGUGUUCAGCGCUUUUAUAACCCUGUGUUUCGGGGCAAUUUUCUUCCUUCCGGACUCCUCCAAGCUGCUCAGCGGAGUUUUCUUUCAUUCCUCCGCGGUCGAAACGAACACCCACACCGGUCCGGACAGCAGCGACGCGGGUUCGGCUGGAAACGACGACAGGCUCCUGGCAAAAAUCAAGAAAGACCACGAAAAGGCUCUGUUAGAGGCUAAGGAUACUCUACAAAAACUUCCCGACGUGAUACAAAAUGACAUUCUAGCUGAUAAAGCGAAAGUUACAAAGGAGAGCAUGGGUAAAGGUGCGAAGGAUGGCAAUAAUUUACCUUUCAUAGAGUACCACCGCCCGCCAGGGGCGACAGGACUAGAACCCCAGGACCCAGAAACCAGGGAGAGACGGGCUAAAAUCAAGGAGAUGAUGAAGCAUGCGUGGGACAGCUACAAGCGGUACGCCUGGGGUUCCAACGAGCUCAGGCCUGUCUCCAAGCACGGCCACUCCAGCAAUCUAUUUGGAAGUAUAAAAGGAGCGACAAUAGUGGAUGCUUUGGAUACCCUCUACAUCAUGGAGAUGUUUGAAGAGUUUGAUGCUGCUACUGACUGGGUGGAAAAGAGCCUUGACUUCAACGUGAAUGCAGAAGUGUCGGUGUUUGAGGUGAACAUCAGAUUUGUUGGAGGUCUGCUGUCCGCCUACUACUUGUCUGGAAAAGAGGUGUUUCGCAGAAAGGCAGUGGAGUUGGGCGAGAAGCUGCUGCCUGCAUUCAAAACGCCCACCGGCAUCCCCUGGGCUCUGCUUAACCUCAAGAGUGGUAUUGGUAGGAACUGGCCAUGGGCAUCGGGUGGUAGCAGCAUCCUGGCAGAGUAUGGCACCCUGCAUCUGGAGUUUAUGCACCUCAGCAGACUCUCAGGAAAUCCAGAGUUUGCUCAGAAGGUAAUGAACAUCCGUAAAGUACUCAAUCGCCUGGAAAAACCUCAGGGGCUAUACCCCAACUACCUGAAUCCCAACAGUGGACAGUGGGGCCAACAUCACGUGUCCGUGGGUGGCCUGGGUGACAGUUUCUAUGAGUACCUGCUCAAGGCCUGGCUGAUGUCUGACAAGACUGAUGAGGAAGGCAAGAAGAUGUACUACGAUGCCCUGCAGGCAAUAGAAACCAACCUGAUGAGGAAGUCAACCAAUGGGCUGACCUACAUAGCGGAGUGGAAGGGGGGGCUUCUGGAGCAUAAGAUGGGCCACCUGACCUGUUUUGCAGGCGGCAUGAUCGCUCUGGGUGCUGAUGGGGCGCCCGGUGACAAGACGGGCCACCAGAUGGAGCAGGCAGCGGAGAUCGCUCGCACCUGUCACGAGUCUUAUGCCAGGACAACUUUGAAACUCGGACCAGAGGCUUUCCGUUUCGAUGGCGGCGUUGAGGCCAUCGCCACCCGCCAGAACGAGAAGUAUUUCAUCCUCCGUCCUGAGGUCAUUGAGACCUACAUGUACAUGUGGAGGUUUACCCAUGACCCCAAAUACAGAGAGUGGGGCUGGGAGGCUGUACAGGCCUUGGAGCAGCACUGUAGAGUCGACGGAGGCUACAGCGGCGUCAGAGAUGUCUACGCUUCAUCUCCAAACUACGACGACGUGCAGCAGAGCUUCUACUUGGCGGAGACGCUCAAGUAUCUCUACCUCCUCUUCUCUGAGGAUGACCACCUACCAUUCGAACACUGGGUCUUCAAUACCGAGGCUCACCCCCUGCCCGUCAUAAGGAAGGAUAAAACGGACAGACCCAACGAAGUGGAGUAACGGACCUGCCUGCACCGACGCCCAGAAACGUGUGAGAACCUCGAUCCUGUAUACUGAGCCUCCAGCUGUCUGAAACUGUUGAGCCGCUUGGAGCCCUGAGUGGUUACAGAUCAGACUUCACCUGAUAUUGUUGAUGGGCUCAAAACUGAACCCACUUGUGCUGGAGCCGGGUUCUCGCUGGAGACUCCAGGGGUUUUUUUGUUUUGUUUUCCUUCACUUGAUUUUUUUUUCUUCUUCUCUGGUUGAGUCCAAAGGCUGACCCAAAGCAACAUAUGUACUGCUGAAUAACAUGAUAGCUCAUCAAAAUGUAGACAUAAUAAUUUGAAUCAAGAUCUAAAGAAAGAAAAAAAAAAGGCUGUUUAUUUCACUCCUCGGUUUGACUUCCUUCGCUUUUCUGUUCAUUUGGAGGGACAGUGUGACCAGCUAUCACUUUAUUCAUCAGUUUAAUUGUUGCUAGUAGCCAUUUUUGAUGAGGAGGAGGACGCUGACAGUCAUUCACCACUGAUAUGAACUACCAUGGAGCCCGAGUGUUUGGGCACCACACCAAGGAAAAGCUCCCCACUGAGGAUCACAAGGCUGGCUGGCCGCGUGAACGGACGCUCAAUUCCCUUCACAUGUGUCGUCUUCUACCUGCUGCUCUACCACAACAACAUCUGAAUAGGAACUAGGAACCGGUCUUUCCUGCACCGACUUGAGUGUUUCAUAGUGUCGUCAGAGAACUGCUGGUUUUCUUAAAAAAAGAAUAGGAAAAAAAGGAAAGACGCAGCACAACCCGAGCCUCUUUUUAUAAACCUGACCGACUCUUCUUCCUCCUUCCUUUCUCUUGAGUUGGAUGUGACAAAUGAUGACCAGCCGCACCAGCUCAUUACCUGCCAGUAACUCCACUUUCUCCCCACGAUGUUUACACAAAGCCAUCCUCCUCCUCCUCCGUAUUCUUCUUCUGCUUUUCAUCUGCAUCUUUGACCCGCUUUUAGAUGUCUUUCUCCUUCUCAUAUGUGCUCUGGGGGUUCGACCAGCACAGGUUUUUUUAAAAACUGAAUCAGAAUUCGUUCGACAGUUUUUCUCCAUUUACUGAAAAAUAAAAUACACAUUUUUUCUUUCUUCCUUUUAAACACUGAAAAGAGCAUGAACCAAAAGAAAAAAAAGGAACAUUUGCCUCAGUCUGAUGGAGCGUUCAACCACUUUUCACAGUCUUACUCCAAAGAUGAUGUCUGCACAGCUGUAAUGGAGCAUGGAGAUUAGUUGGAGUGCGGAUGAAAGCUGUAGAAAGAAUUAGGUACUGAUUAGGUCCUGACAUUCAACAGAAAUCUUCUGAAAAUGCUAAUAUCCUCACAAUUGACCAUGUGUAUGCAUUAAAAAUGUAGCUUCCAGGCUCUCUACAAGAGGAAACUGAUUUAUUACAGUCCUCUGUAAUCCUUGUGCAUCAGUCGAGCCCUCGUCCUCUUCUUCACCGCGGUGUUGCUUCUUCUUGUUUCCGUCCUCCAGGUCCGCGUAGGGCAGCCUGUAGGAUCUUCCCUCCUCUGUGAGGAGACGCCGUCGCUUGACUCUUCUAUAACUAUCCACCUUCACACACACAAGAAGCCAUACUACUGCAACGCAGCUUCACCGUGCUGUCGUUAACGGGUUUGUUUGUUUCGUUUUUUUUCAUCCUCCACUCACAUGUAGAGUUUGUGACCGUGUUUGCUGCUUUUGUAUCUUCAGAGUCGCGCUCGCCUGGUCAUUUUAGUUUAAUUUCACAGUGAAGACUUCUCCCGAUGCCACACAGGAACCAGAUUUAAUCCAGUUUAGUCUUCGAUCUAGUGCCUUCGCUGUAGAGAAGGAGGGAGAAAGCAGCUCACGCAAACACAAAAAGCAGUUUCAAAGCAGUAUUGCAGCUUUAACUAAGAGCUCCCAUUGCUCUGAUGAGGAUUAUAAUAAAUCUAGACAUGGAUUAAAGGAUGAUAACUGCUUUUUAAUUUGACGUUUGGACUAAGUUGGGCUUGAUAAAUGGCUCAAGAGUUGGUAGGAACUUGGGCUUUGUUGUGCUAAGAGGGAGAUCAGAACACCAAAGUCCUGAGUUCAGAAUUAAAAUCGAAAAUAAGUCCUAUGCGCUUUACUUUUUCCAUCUCCAGAGUCUGCGUCUCUGUUGGGAAUCGCAGUCUAAUCAUUUGAGACCUGUGCAGGGCUCAGUCAACACAUAUUUGUUUGGCUAUACUGACAUCUAGUGGUAAGUCUAAAUAUUACAGUCUAAAUAACCGUAGUCUGAUAAGUCAACAGCUACUUCUAUGUCCAUAAAAGUAUUUACAGCUCAACAAACAAGGAAAGGGAAAACAAGCACUGUUGUACUUUGAGCCUUUAUAUUGAAUAUUUGAUGGAGCGAGGGCCUAGCUCAUAGAACUGCACAUUCAGUUCUGCUUAUCCUCCAAAUGAGCUUUAAACUGACAGAUGGUGAGUCAUUAGAAAGUUCAGUCAACAACAGGAUGACUGCUGAGCUGAUUUAUUUGUUCUGGCUGAGCGACGCUUGUGCAGGUUAUUUUUCUCAGCAGGUUAAAGAACAUUUGCCCCAGGUGUCUCAGAGCAGGUAAAUCAGUCUGUAAGGGUUUCAGAAUCAGUGCUUUCUGGGGGUUUUUUUCUUGUUUCGUCAUCAGUUCUGCAUCUUCCAGCUUACCUGCAGUGUUGUUUUAUCCAUCUAGAUUUUUUUGGUGUGAGUCCUCCAGUUUUGGAGAACAUACAGUCAAGAGGAAAACAUCAUGGGUUUAUGUGCACUUCUUUCAGCACGUUUAAUGGGCACAGUUUGAUGAAAAAGAAAUGCAUGAAACCGCUCACAAGAAUGUUUGUAGAGUUUUGUGGAUUCAUGAAAGGUUUAUCCCCAAAAGUUGAUUCUGUUCAUCUGGACGUAGCGUUUUCAGUGGGGGAAACGUUUCGUCACUCAUCCAAGUGGCUUCUUCAGUCUCAGCUGACUGCAGGUUUCUCCAGUGUUAUAAACAGUACGUAAGAUUGGGGAAACCACAGUUAGCUGAGACUGAGGAAGUCACUUGGAUGAGUGACGAAACGUUUCCCCCACUGAAAACGCCACGUCCAGAUGAACAGAAUCAACUUUUGGAGAUUUACUUACUUGGAUGAUUGAGCAUGCAUCAAGACAUAAAAAACUCAAUAUUCAAGAAAGGGCAGAAAUCUCUACAGCCAAUAUCUACAAAAACAGUCGGCUAACAACAAAAUAAUCUAGAUGGAUGAAUAGCACUACAGCACUACUUCUCUCCCUUUAGAAGAGCCCAUUUUUCCCAAUUCAGUGCCCAAGCAUUCAGAAUUUUUUACUUCCUGCCACCUCAAAAUCGCCACUAUUCACAAAAGAUGAAGCUUUGACAAACCAUACCACAGUCCUGUGUUUUCACGAUGCUAAACUCCCAGAUUUUUUUUAUUUUGUUUGGAAAAGUAAAGCCCAAAAUGCUCAAGCCCCGGUUUUUACCAACACUGACAUAUCGUUUCUUAUUCUCUGAGCUGUGACCAAUCUCUUCAUGUUCUUUCUGUCACUGUACAGACGGCAGAGCUUACUGUUUGGUUUAGUUAGAGUGGCAUUUAUUACCCACGUGAUGGUGUAUUAUUGUAAUUCUGCUGAUUGUGUUAAUUUAUUCUGUGCUAGAGAACAUAGGAAACAUUGGAAGCCGACCCCUAGGUGGCGCUGUGGGUUUUUAUUUGGAUUAGAGACAAAGACUGGCAGAGAGAAAGCUUCACAGCUGUGUGCUGGUCUGUUGGGGUUUAAAGAGCUGGCACCUUUACAGAACAACAGAAAAAAGGGGCGAAGGAACCACCUGGGAGUCGAUGGGAAAAUCUAUAGGGAGCCGCAUGAAUGUACCAUCCAAUGUGAAGCGAAGAAUAUUUUGUUUGUAUUUUUGUCUUUGUUCGCUUCAGUGUGCUUUGUUAUGUUUGUUUUUUGGGUUAUUUGGGGGGUCGCUUUGUUUUGGGGUUUUGUUUUUUGGGGGCUUUCUGGUAUCUUCCACAGAAAGUGGAAGCCAGGCGUGCAGACAGGAAAAGGUUUGAGAGCAAAACAGAUGGAGAGCUGCUUAAUGUAGCUGUUUAUGUGGGAAAUGACCAAAUCUAUCACAUGAGGUUUAUUUCUACACUGUAGGGACAUUUUUGUUGUUUUUCUCUGGAUGUGACAAAAAAACAUAAAAAGAGUUAAAGACAUAAAGUGUUCAUUGUACAGUAGAGUGUUAGCACACUGUGCAGCUUUAUAUGAAACCACAGAAACCAGUGAGAGCUGAAAACAGCACGGUUAAAAUAUGUAAACAUCGCUGUCUGAUGGCUGCUGAUCAAAGUAACAAAAUUCUGCUUCAUCCAUGUUUUGGGUUCAGUGGGACGGGCUUGCGAAUCUUCAUCCGACAAGUUUGGCAAUAGAGACGUCAAUUAAUUGAAACAGAAAGCCUCUAAUGAGGGAACGUGUGAUUAUUUUCUUCUGAUUUCUUGUUUUUAUUUUUAUUCCUUUUUAUGUUGCUGUAUGAAAAAGAUGAAAACUACAGGAAAUUUGUUCUUUACUGGUAGUAAAUGUUAAGAUACUGAACAGUGACAGUUAUCAGCUGGCUGGGUUUAAUUUGUAAUCGAUUACUUUGAUCUCUGCCGACUGCUGUGACAGGCUCCGACUACACGAUAUGUUAUAAUGUGUCAGAUUAGAUUAUAAAAUCAAAAUAUUAUUUUUUACUUAUUGGCUACGCCCACAGGCACGGAGGCCUAGAAAUUCGUCAGCUACCACCUAGAAACCUAGAAGCUUUGUAUUCCUUGAGUGGUUGGUGGAGAUUGUAGACAGUGAUGAGGUGAAACUGAUCGCCAUGGUUGCCUGUAGUUUUUAUGGAAGACACUGGCGUGCCUGCAAACACUCUUAGACUACUUUCUGCGCUCUAGUGAAACGGUGAGAAAGGGCAGCACAAACCAGAAACAUAGACCGUAAUUUCCCUUCAAAGUAGUAAAAGCUCCAACUGUCAAGCUCGACUUUUAUUUUGAAAGAAAAUGUUCUCCGUUUUUGGGUUGAGUGACUUUUUUCUUUUUUUUGCUAGCAAGUGUUUGCAGACCGGUCAGUAUCUUCCGUGCAAACUAUGUGACUACAACAAUGUGACCAAAGAAAUCACAAGGAUGUUUUGUUUCACCCCAAGUCCGUUACGGCAGAUGGCAGAUGGCUGCCCUUCCCUGAGCCCGGUUCAGCCGGGUUUUCUUCCUGUUAAAAGGGAGUUUUUCCUUCCCACUGUUUCCAAGUGCUGGGUUUUCUCUGUAUUAGUUGUCUCUGUACAAAAAAAACUGAAUUAAAUUGAAUCCGGGGCACUAAUGUGAAUCAUUUCUAUCUAUCAAAAGACUCUAAAAUAUUAGAGCGAAAACUCCAACAAUCAAAGAGUCUCUUAUGAGCAAGCACUAGGUGACAGUGGAGAGGAAAAACUGCAUUUUAACAGGAAGAAACCUCCGGUAGAACCAGGCUCUUUAAUGAUGCAGACUUUGGGAGAAAGAAGAUAAAAGUUAACGACGUGUAGCAGUGGUAUCUAAAAACAUGGUGAGAAGAGGUCUGUGGACACAAAAUACUUAUUUUUGAAACCAGAGAGGUCGCCCCCUGAUGGCCAUUAGAAAGAAGGCAGGAUUAGCCUCACUUUUAAGGUCUUGGCGUUAUUUUUUAUUUAUUUCUUUUACACUUUCUGCAGUCAGGACGUGGUGAGGCAUUCUUUCGUCCAUAACGCCAGUUCUUGUUCCUGAGUUCAACUUCUCGCUGAUGUCGUGUAGUCUGAACCUGGCAUUGGCCUUUCACAUUGAUCCUGAUGGUUUUAGAUACUUUAUGUACUUGGCAUUUAAGACCUACAGCUAACAGCCCGAGUAUUUUCUCUAUCACGUCAUUCCCUAAGAUGGUCAAGUUACAGUCUAACAUGUAAAUAUCUUCUUGAGGUCAAGAAUACCCUGUGACAGUCCUGAACCCACAAAAAUGUCCAGUGUGCAGUUAGAUAAAAGAGAGAAAAGAGUUAAGGCUACGUUUCACCAUUAAGGUACUGAUAUCUCUCUGAUGUGAUUUAAGUUAUUUAAAAUUUCUGAUGAUUUCUGUCCGGUUACAGAUCAAAACAUUUAAUGGUGUGUGGGUUGUACUUUCUUUUCUUUUCUUUUUUUUAAGCCUCAGGUAAAUAUAAUCGUUAAUAGAGAUUUGAAUGGGUGAGAUUUUGGGAUAUUUUCAGCAGUCAUUUGCAGCAUUUUGAGGAGUAAUCUCCCAACAGGGAAAUUUGCUUUCCAGGCAUUAGUUGAACGCAGUAUACAUAUGAUUAUAAAUGUUGUUGUUGUUGUUGUUGUCGAUUUUUAAGCCCUGUGUGCAGACUUUUAUUUUGAAGGUUUUUAUUCUUAGAAACAUUUGACCCAAUUAGACUUAAAGGGCUCAGUCCCAGCUUUUUCUUCAAAAAAAAUUUAGUUUCUCUUGUGCUCGUGUCCACCUGGAUUUUUAUCAUUUUAACAUUUUCUCUCUCUCUCUUAUUUGACACUGAACUGGUCGUUUCACUACCUGCAAAAGGAGAUCUGGAGAAUGUAUUUGGUUUCUGAUGUUUGCUUUAGCUUCACGUUGUGUGACAUCAGGCUUUUGUUCAUUCUCACAUGCAGACUUUUUUUUUAUCUGUUGUUUUCAUGAUUAAGCUGAAAUGUCUUUGGUGAUUUUAUGAUUAUUGUGUUGACGGUCUGUUGCUUUCCAAUGCCUUUCUAUUAGUGAAUAUUAAAGGAGAAUUACACCAGUUUCAGGAGUUCAAACCAAAGUCAGUCAGUCCUCUUUGAAUAUACACCACCUUUCCUUAAACGUCUCAUACAGACCACACUGACAUUUGUUUUUCAUGGUGGUACACGACCACUAGAAAUGACUGGAACUCAAUCUGAAUUCCCGUAAAUGGUCGUAAAUCUCCUUUAAAGGGUUUAAACGUGUGAACCUCAGAAAUGUAUCUGUACAAAAUAUUGCUGAUAAUCUUUCCAUUGCACAUAGUUUACUUUGCAUUUAUAUGCAAUAUUUUAAUUUUGUGGGGAAAUCUGUUUUAUUGUGUUAAUAUUAUAAUUAUUGAGUAAAAAUGUAAAUAUUCCAUUCCGGCAAACUGGCUGCUCGACAUUUAUAUAAAAAUCUCCUGAGCUUAUGGAUUAAGAUGAUAUUAAUGAGCAGCAGACUUUUUAAUAAACUAUAUUUGUUACACUUCUAUUGUGAAUAAAAAAAUCUUUUAAUAUGUGGUUUC